UAGCAAAUAAACCAGCAGCUGCUGGUCCAUGAACCAAGUGGCCACUAGGAACAGGGCACCGUAUACAUGGGGCAGGAUGCUUUCAUGGAGCCCUUCAGCAGUACCGUUGGGGUCUUUCAGUGCAAAAUAUACCUCCUUCUCUUAGGCGCUUGCUCAGGGCUGAAGGUGGUGGUGCCAUCAUACACUGUCCAUGGUAUCAGGGGUCAGGCCCUCUACCUCCCUGUGCACUAUGGAUUCCACACUCCGGCAUCAGACAUCCAGAUCAUAUGGCUGUUUGAGAGACACCACACGAUGCCCAAAUACUUACUGGGCUCUGUGAACAAGUCUGUGGUUCCCGACUUGGAAUACCAACACAAGUUCACCAUGAUGCCACCCAAUGCAUCUCUGCUCAUCAACCCACUGCAGUUCACUGAUGAAGGCAAUUACAUUGUGAAGGUCAACAUUCAAGGAAAUGGAACUCUCUCAGCUAGUCAGAAGAUACAAGUCACUGUUGAUGACCUUGUCACAAAACCCAUGGUACAGAUUCAGCCUUCCUCUGGGGCUGUGGAGUACGUAGGGAACAUGACACUGACAUGCCUGGUGGAAGAAGGUACCCGGCUGGCUUACCAGUGGCUAAAAAAUGGGAGACCUGUCCAUACGAGCUCCACCAACUCCUUUUCUCCCCAAAACAACAUUCUUCAUAUUGCUCCAGUGACCAAAGAAGACAUUGGGAAUUACAGUUGCCUGGUGAAGAAUCCUGUCAGUGAGAUGGAAAGUGACACCAUUAUGCCCACCAUAUAUUAUGGACCUUAUGGACUUCGAGUUAAUUCUGAUAAAGGACUAAAAGUAGGGGAAGUGUUUACUGUUGACAUUGGAGAAGCCAUCUUGUUUGAUUGUUCUGCUGAUUCUUACCCUCCUAACACCUACUCCUGGAUCCAAAGGACUGACAACACAACAUACGUCAUUAAGCAUGGGCCUCUCUUGGAAGUUGCAUCUGAGGAAGUAGCCCAGAAGACAACUGACUAUGUGUGCUGUGCUUACAACAACGUAACUGGAAGGCAAGAUGAAACUCAUUUCACAGUCAUCAUCACUUCUGUAGGACUAGAGAAGCUUGCACAAAAAGGGAAGUCAUUGUCCCCUUUAGCAAGUAUAACUGGAAUAUCACUCUUUUUGAUUAUAUCCAUGUGUCUUCUUCUCUUAUGGAAAAAAUAUCAACCCUACAAAGUUAUAAAACAGAAGCUAGAAGGCAGGCCAGAAACAGUAUACAGAAAAGCACGAACAUGUUCAGGCCAUGAAGAUGCUCUGGAUGACUUCGGAAUAUAUGAAUUUGUUGCUUUCCCAGAUGCUUCUGGUGUUCCCAGGAUGCCCAGUAGGUCUGUUCCAGCCUCUGAUGGUGUAUCAGGGCAAGAUUUGCACAAUACAAUUUAUGAAGUUAUUCAGCACAUCCCUGCCCAACAGCAAGACCAUCCAGAGUGAGCACUCAUAGGCAAGCAGUGCACUGGAGUGAAAUAAGGAAGGAAUGUUUUGAGGAAAAACAGUGGAAAUGUAUAUGCAUCUGGAAUCAGUGAAGAAAUGAAGCUCAAUACAUCUUGAUCCUUUUAAACACAGACUAGAGUCAUUUAUGGAACUUGGACUGCCGGUUUCCCUGCAUACACAGAAGGCACCGUGCACUGUGCUGCAGUGGAACGUGGCUGGGAAAGGUGAAGGUCCUCCGCGGAUAGUAUUUAUCGUGGACAGGAAGAAAAAGCUGGGACUUUCCAACUGGCCUUUUCGUGUCCAGCUUCUCUAAAAAGUACAAUUACUUCUAACCUAUACUUUCACUAUCAUCAUCACUGACAGUCACAUCUAACUUACAAAUGUGGAAGCUUUAUAGCUGUAAAAAAUUUAGCAGGCUUUGUUUUAUUAAAUUCUCAUAACUGUUAAGAUUGCUAUAUUUAUUUUUUUUAUUUCAUUCCCAAAUUUCCUUCUUGCUCUUUGUACCACAGAACAAUGAUGGUUGUCACAAAAGCAAGACUGUGCCUUUUCCUAGGUUGUCAAUCACCAAUGGUGUUUUUGAAAAGACAUAAAAGGUUGAAGGAAAUGACUCAUUUUUCAAUUUUGUUCAAGAAAAGAUGGAUUCAAAUAAAUUAUUCUGUUGGUUUUUUGGGUUUUUUUUGCUUUUUUAUGGCCUUGAUUCUUUGUCUUGUAGAGUAAAAUUUUUACAUAAAUCCAGAUUGUAGAAUUAGAUUUUUUUUCUUAUUUCUCAAUGUGCAAUUAAGUGUAAAUUACAGAGAACUACUAAAAUAACCAUCUUGCUCUCUCACAUCUAUCUUUUUUCAGGCUUGACAUUUUUACUCUAUUGAAUGGUUGAUUCUGGGAAAGUUUCCUUCCUUGUAUGUUGCUGCAUUUAAAAAAUUAGUCAGAAGCCAAUUGGCAGAAUUAGAUAUCAUCCCACAAACCCCAAAUGAAAUAACUGAUUCAGGUGACAAUCAUCAUUAGGCAAGAUUCCUAGAUGAAAUGUACCAGGUAAAACCACUAGAUAACCAACAAUCAGGUUGCAGGGACUGUGAGAAGAAGGUGGUCUGGGGCCUAGAGACAAGCAGGCAUAUGGUGGCAACAGCCAACUGUUCUGGGUGCAGUGAGGCCCAGGGGCUGGGUACAGAAUAGUCAUCUAAGUCUUGUAGGUCUUGAAGAUGAAAGAUAAAUAUCUUCAAUGUGUUUAGUUACAUUGGCUGCAAACACUCUGGUCUGGCAAGCUACCCUUUAGGAUUUUAUUUCACCCAAAUAAAGGUAGAAACAACCCAAAUAUCCAACUAUAGGGGAUUUUUAAAUAGUGUGAAUGAUACUAUAUCUAUACAAUGGUUCAUACUGCAAUUACUGAAAAAAAGAAGAUAUAUGUCUAUAUUUAAACUGAUUUUAAACUGUGCUUAUGCCCUAUUAUUUUUUAUAGAAGAAAUAAGUAAAAAGAAUAGCAUUUCUCUUUUAGAGUAUUUCAGGUGAACCACUAUAUUUACACUGUACCUCCCAUAUUUUCAUAGAAGCACAUGGUAAAAAGAAAAUUAAGACUAAGUUCCACAACCCCUUUCUAGUCUGCUUUAUCUACCACCCUUAUAUAAUUUCUGCUGAAGCCUAUCAGUCCUACCACAAAUAUUUUAUUCUCGUUAGUAAAAAAAUAUUUUAUCUGACUAGAAAAGGAAUUCAUGCGCACUAUAAAAAUAUGUAUACUUAGACAUGCAGAAGGCCAACCAUAAGACAAUUAAAAUGGCCAGUAGAGAGAUCUCAAAUGUUCUUGUGACCAAAAGAAAAUUGUAAUUAUGUGAAGUAAUGAAUGUGCUAACUUUAUUGUGGUAAAUAUUUUACAAUAUAUAAAUAUACCAAAUCAUUAUACCUUAAACUUACACAAUGUUAUAUGUCAAUUAUGUCUCAAUAAAGAUGAAACAAUAAUGUAAUAUCACUUGUAAUCUCACCUCUCAGAAAUAAUCUGUUAGCAUUUUCCUAGAUUAGUUAUGCACUGUCUCUUCAUAAUCAUUCCAGUUCCAGGAAGAAUUUAUGGUAACUCAUAUAAAUGCAUAAUAUAACAAGAUAAAAUACACUCAAAGAUAUUAAGUUAGCAAAGAAAACAGGAUGAAGGAACAUUGAGAGUUUAUAAAGGCAAAGUAAAAGCAGAAGUGAUGUUAAUAAAAUAGAUGGUGAAUUCCCCUUCACCUUUGAGUAUGGUUUAUACCACUGAGAUCUCACAGCGUAUACAGGUGCAUGUGUAAGCCGAAUGUGAUGUGUAAUUACCAGAGCCAGACAAAGGUUGCAAGUCUACUGAACGGGUAGGAGAGAGCUGGUGGGCUUCCCAGUCACCCGCUAACCCAGGUCCAGCCACCUCUCCCCUCCUUUCUCAAUCCUGAAUCCUCUCCCCCCAGACUUCCAGGGCAGACACUGACUACAAAGAGCCCCUGCUGUUUCUCCAUGUUCCCUUUCUAGACCCAACUCUGGAACACGUUAAACCGUGGACAAUCUCAAGCAGCAUUUUCUUGGGUAGGUAAAAAUAAAGUCACGAUUCACAAAUCAAAAUCCUAUAAAAAGCAUGCACCAAGCCCAGAUGGUGUAGCUCAGUGGUUGAGCAUCACCCUAUGAACCAGGAGGUCAUGGUUCAAUGCCCAGUCCGGGCACGUGUCCAGACUGCAAGCUCUAUCGAUCCCCAGUGUGUG